AUGGCCACCAUUAAGAGCAGACAAGAGCGAGAUGAAAUGUUCAUCACUGCUAAUCUCCCUUUCGGAUUGAAUGUAACUGAAUCGAUUGGAUGUCCCGAACGACUUCGGUCAUCAAAUAUUCAAGACUUGGCACUCCAUCAGGAUGUCCAUGAGUUUGGCUUGGCAGGAAAGAUAUGGAAUAGUGCAUAUAUUCUCCAAGCUUUCUUCUCUCCGGCAAACAUAUCCGAGCCAUCAUCACCUAUUCCUGCUACCUACUAUCGCAAUAGUCUUUCUCCUGUUCCAACAAAGCCAUAUCGCAUUAUUGAACUCGGUGCAGGCACUGGAUACGUAGGACUAUCUGUGGCUCAACAUCUCCGUUCACCCUGUGAGAUCAUUAUCACAGAUCUGGCCCCAGUAGUUCCUCUAAUGCAGGCUAACCAAGACGCCCUGUUUCCAACUCCAGACAAGCAAUCGCCGCUUGUGUUGUGUACUGAUCUGUGCUGGGGGAAUAGUGAUGAUGCUGUCCGAGUACUCGACAACAAGCCGUUUGACCUGGUCAUAGUCAGUGAUUGUGUGUAUUUUCCUGAGUUGUUUAGUAUCCUGACACAUACAUUGAAAGAAGUGUGCGGACCAGACACACAGGUGGUUAUAGGUUAUAAAUGCCGCUCGCUUGAGAAAGAAACUGGAUUUUGGCAAGAUUAUUUUGGAAGGUACUUUGAGUACGAGCCUGUUCGGCACCUCAUAAAUAUACCCGAGACAGAAGAGGUAGAGCUAGGAGGACUUGUUGGUGAAGAAGAAGAAGCAUUUGUAUUUGUGGCUAAGAAGAGACCCGAGAACAAGAUAAAGAUCGCCGAUGAUACAUUUACUACUCUUUUAUUUUGCUCUAUCGGAAUCUAG